UCCAGUCAACGUGCAACAUAUUCUCUCAGAUAGAUAGAACCUGAACUCUUCCUGUUCUUCUUAGAAGACGCUUUCUUUGAUCAUCAUUCUUCUCAUUAAAGUUUCCAAAAUCAAAUUCACUCAAACCCCAUUUGACAUUUUGAUGAAUAUUAAAAACCCCAUCAUCAAAUCCCAGCUCACAACUUUUCUUCAUUGGUAAGCAAUUUUCUCCCUUUUUUACAUAUUGGGGGAAAAGAAUAAUUUUUCUGGGUAUAAUUGUUGAUAUUUCCCCCAAUUAUUUGAUUUAUUUUUGCAAUUAGAAGAUGAAUUCAAGCCAUUCAAGAAAUGGGUUUUUCCCCGAUGAAGUAAUUCUUCAGAUUCUAGCAAGAUUGCCCAUAAAAUCCGUGUUCAGAUUCAGGACUGUGUGUAAAUAUUGGUACCAAUUGCUAUCUGAAAGGUACUUUGUUCAUAUAUAUAAUGAAAUGUCAGCUAAAAGUUCAAUGAUUUUGGUUGAAAUCAAUGAGAUUUCAGAGCCUAAAACUAGCUUGAUUUGUGUUGAUUAUUCAAGGGGUGUGUCUGAAUUUCCAUUGGAUUUUCUGAAAGAUAGGGUUAAAGUUAGAGCCUCAUGUAACGGGUUGUUAUGCUGUUCAAGUAUUCCUGAUAAGGGUGUGUUUUAUGUGUGUAAUCCUAUAACUAGGGAGUAUAAAUUGCUCCCCAAAAGUAGGGAGAGGCCAAUCACUAGGUUUUAUCCAGACGGCGAGGCGACUCUGGUUGGUAUAGCAUGUGAUUUGUAUGAUAGUAGCAAAUUCAGUGUUGUGUUGGCCGGGUAUCAUCGGCCGUUUGGUUAUAGUCCUACUAAGACGUUCAUAUGUAUGGUAUAUAAUUCGAAGACAAACAAAUGGAGGAAGUUUGUGACUUUACAGGAGGAACAUUUCACCCAAAUGAACAGAAAUCAGGUUGUAUUUGUGAAUGGAAUGCUACAUUGGUUGACAGUGAGUUAUUCAUGUAUACUAGUAUUAGAUUUGGAGAGUGAUGUUUGGAGAAAGAUUUAUUUGCCUGAUGAAAUGAAUCAUGGGAAAGGAAAUAGGAUGUAUUUGUUGGAAUCAUAUGGUUGUUUGUCUGUGGUUCAGAUUUCUGAGGCUUCAAUGGAUGUAUGGGUGAUGGAGAACUAUGAGAAACAAAUAUGGAGAAUGGUUGAUAAGGUGAGUCUUAGAUGUAUUAGAGGAUUGGCUCCGGGAGUUUUCCCUAUAAGUCAGACGGGUGAUUGUGUUUUCCUAGCUACCCACAAACAGGUGCUGGUCUACAAUAGGAGCACUGCUGUUUGGAAAGAAAUGUAUUCGGUGAAGAGCAACUCAACACUUCCUCUGUGGUUCUCUGCAUAUGCAUUUCGGAGUACAAUAUUUUCUUUUCAAUAAGGGAGCAAGAUCAGGUGAAUAUCUGUACAUAAAAACUACUUGUAUAACUCAUGUAUUAUUAUGCAUAUAGAUAAAUUUGGUAGUAGUCUCCUUGUUGUUUGUAUUGUACCUGUGUGAAUAUAAUUUAAACAGGAUAGUUGCAACAGUUUUCUUGUAAGUUUGGUUUUAUUAUCUUAAUGUUACGUUUUUGUCAUUUUCAUGA